AUGAGACCUGACAUUUACUCUCGUGAGGAUGAGAAACGCAUCUCGGAAUUGCACGGACGGGUAAAAUGUGGCGGCUCACUUUCCAAUGAGGAAGCCGUUGAAUUGGCGCAGCUUAAGAGGCUUUACCACGAGUUUAUUGAGGAAGGGGAGCGGCGGUUGCAGUUGCAGGGAGAACCCGAAACGAAAGAGGUCACAGAAGCUGAUAAGUCGGGCGAUGUGCUUCUCGCUCUGCAAGAGACUGUGACCUCCGCAGGGAAGGCGGCAUAUUUUUGGGGAUCACUUGUAGCUACGCUCGUGCCAGGCUAUUUUGGACGCAAAGUUGGCCUCACCUCGGGUUUUUUGCACUGGAAUUUUAUUACGGAUUGGCUUAUUCUCGGUGCCCUUCCCGUGGUUACGAAGGUUGGUAGCAGCGGUAACCACUUGGUGCAAAUACGAGAGCAGUUGGAGUCUCGCGGCGUGAAGUUGGGCCUCGUUGUCGCAUGCCUGGAGGAUGCGGAGGUGAAUGGGUUUGGCGUUCCGAUGAUCAGUUUUGCUGAUGAGUCGAGUUGGCACGAGUAUGUUAGUCCCGCUGUGCAGUAUCUUCGCUUGUCGAUGCCAGACACCACCGCCAAUAUCUCUUUUGAUAGUGUUUGGCGUGCUGUGCAGCAGAUGCACAAGUGCAUCACUGAACGAAAAUGCGUUGUUUAUCUGCAUUGCAAGGCCGGAAAGGGACGCAGUUGGAUGGUGGCAAUGUGUUACCUCACCUCAUACGGAGGGAUGACGUUUGACGAUGCGGAGCAAUUGAUCCGCUUCACCCGGGCACAAAUUAACCCAUCACCGGCACAGCAGGCCUUUGCAGCUCGAUUUGCUGCCAGAAUAUCGACACAACAAGAGCAGGACGUAUGCUAG